AUGGAAACACUGGGAGACAUAAACUCGGAACCGUCGGAAAACGUGUGGUUCAAUGCGCCAUGCAUUUCUGACCAGACGUGUCUCCUGCGACUGACGAACAUGGGUACUCGCAGGAUAAGUUUCACGAUUAAAGUGUGGAAGAACGGCGCCUUCGAGCCGCAAGCAGGCGGACGGUACAGCCUGAAGCCGAGGAACGGUGUACUGUGGCCGGACGAGAAGGUACUCAUAUUCCUUGCGGUGAAUCCAUUCCAGUUCGACGCCAGCGUGACGAUGGACGACCGAAUCGUGAUCAGAUGGUGUGAAAUCCCUGAACAAGGGGAUGCGUACAGCGAAAUGUGGAUGUUGACCGCGCCGAUCAUCCGUCAGAAGUUUUUACCUAUUUUGUACAACCCAUGA